AUGGUGUCUAGCAGUGCAUAUAGACUCAGUGAGUGUAACAGGUUUCGUGGUACAUCCUCAACAGAUAAGAUACAAGCUGCAAGGCAAACACGGUUGUGUUUUACACAUUUGCAAGAAGUGCAUACAAAGAUGAACUGUGAAUUAGUGAGCAAGUUUAAUGAUAAGCUAAAUGUGAAAUCACGGUCUGACUCCGAGUUGUGUGACAAUAACGGCGUGUUCAAGAAGCCUGUAGUUGCAACUGGUAAGCCAUUGUUGAAUCGAAUGGCAGAGACGAGAGUUAAAGUUGCAGAGUCCAGUUCUGACCUCAUAAGUUUACAAGGUAUUACUAGUCAGAGUGAAGAUAUAAAACCUUUAAGGAAUUGUGAGGAAGAACUAAAAGUGUCUACUUCUGUUAAAAAAGAGUUUAAAAUGAUGAAAUUGACGGUAAAGUGA